AUGUUCAAUCGUUGUGGCAUUACUCCUCGCCUCUAUUUUUUGUUCUACAUUCUAGUGCCGCAUCUCUUCCUCUCAACCCUACCUUAUGUGGCUCAUCCACUUAUUCACACAAUUAUGUGCUCUCAUUUCCUCCAAUGUGGCCCGAGUCGCAACAAUUGGGUUUAUGGAAGCAUAAUCAUCUUCCAAUUUCCUGUUCUUCAGGUUUCUUUAAAGGAGUAUGUCCACAGCCUCCCUGAUCUUCCGUUUCCUAAUGUUUUCCCCGUAUGUGGCCAGUUUAUUAGUUGCAUUCCAGUCAAUUUCGCUGAUGUUCUUAAUCCUUGUGAUGAUUGUCUUUCCUGUCUCUACAAUGUAUUUUUGCUUACAAACAUUUCAGUCUUUGCUGUAAACUCUGGAGCACUCUAUUUUGUUGACUUCUUCAUGUUGCGUGGGCAAGCUGGAGAAGGUUGCCAUUUCCUUCAGGAUUGUAUGAAUGUUCCAGUUCCCUGUGUUCACCUGUGA